CCUUCCAGUCGUCUAGCCUGAAGGGAGGCUCCAGAAUUCCAGUCGCGGCGUUCAGAUGCAAGUGACCUCCCUCAGGCUUUUCAUUGGUUACCGCCAGCUGAGCUCCUGGUAACAGUCCCGCCCUCGCAUUGCGGGGCUACUACUGGUCCGUGGCUGCAAACCCCGAAAAUGAACUCCUCAGGCCAUUGGUUUGAGUCACAGCAACUUGGCCCCGUGGUUUGUGAGCCUACAGGUCAGUCAGUAGGAGGCAGGGUUAACUAGAGAAAAAUGGCGACGAAGCCAGUUUGUGUUUGAGUGAUUCUUCCGGAGUUGAAGGUGUGUGUGGGGGGAGCCUCUGAUCCCCGCUGUCAGACAUUAUACAGCUCCGACAGAGUGGGAGGUUAACUGCUCUGACUCUGCCGAACUCCAAACGCGAACGUCAGACAUUUCCAUCUUUCACCCGGGUUAAAGGUGAGAGGGUCAAAAAAAAAAAGGCACAUCUUUCAAACAAGAUCUAGAAAGCACAGCACAGUCUCCAUCCUUGACUUCCAUGGAGCUUGGGAGACUCAAAGCCUGGACAAUAGUUCUGCAGAGGAAGUAUUUUGAUCUGGGCAUUUAGACAUCUUCUGUCUCCCUUAUGGCCCUAACAAUGCUGAGUGGGCAUCUCAUUAAAGACUCAGGCCCACCUGUGCCGCUGCACCAAGUGAGCAAGACUCCUCAACUAGAUACCUUCAACUACCAGAACUGCUUUAUGCAAGAUCUCUUUGCCCAUUUCCCUGAGAUCUUAUUUAUCCACCGUACCUAUAACCCAAGGGGCAAGGUGUUAUAUACCUUCCUGGUGGAUGGACCUCGAGUACAGCUAGAGGGUCCUCUUGCCCGGGCAGUCUACUUUGCCAUUCCUGCCAAAGAAGAUGCUGAAGGCCUGGCUCAGAUGUUCCAGUUGUUCAAGAAGUUUAACCCAGCAUGGGAGAGAGUCUGUACCAUCCUGGUGGAUCCCCACUUCCUCCCACUGCCCACAUUAGCCAUGGAGUUUCCCACAGCUGAGGUCCUGCUCUCAGCCUUCCACAUUUGUAAAUUCCUACAGGGCAAGUUCUAUCAACUGUCCCUUAAACGGCCUGUGGAGAGGGUGCUUUUAACCUCCUUACAGAGCACCAUGUGCUCAGCCACAGCAGGCAACCUGAGGAAGUUUUUUACACUCCUAAGCAGCUGCAUCCCCCCAGCCCGACUGUCUGAGCUGCACUCUCACUGGCUGCUCAAUGACCGCAUCUGGCUGGCCCACCGCUGGAGAAGCCGAGCGGAGAGUAGCCGCUACUUCCAGAGCCUUGAAGUUACCACCCGAAUUCUCAGUCAGUUUUUUGGCACCAACCCAUCUGAGAAACAAGGCAUGGCCUCCCUAUUCCGAUACAUGCAACAGAACCAUGGAGACAAGGCAAGCUUCAACCUGAGCCUCAGUCCCAAGAACAGUCACACCACCUCAGAUGCCAGCACCAAAACCCCCAAAGUAGAGCAGUUGGUAGAAGCCGGCAUCCAGAAUUCCCUCAAUGCCAUCUGCACAGGGCCAGCAGCCCAACUCUGCCUGGGUGAGCUUGCUGUGGUCCAGAAAUCUGUGCAUCUCAUUGGAUCUGGCUCAGAAAAGAUAAACAUCCAGAUCCUGGAGGACACCCAUAAGGUACAGCCCCAGCCUCCUACCAGUUGCAGCUGCUACUUUAACCAGGCCUUCCAUCUGCCCUGCCGCCACAUCCUGGCCAUGCUUAGUGCACGACGCCAAGUGCUCCACCCGGACAUGUUGCCAGGUCAGUGGAUGGCAGGCUGUGCCACAAGUCUAGACAGCAUCCUGGGCAGCAAGUGGAACGAGACUCUGGAUAAGUACUUGGCAGUGACUCUCCUUGCCGAGGAGGUGGGUCAGCUCUUGCAGCACUGUAGCAAAGAGGAGUUCGAGCGACGGUACAGCACCCUGCGUGAACUAGCCGACAGCUGGAUCGGCCCUUACGAGCAGGUGCAGCUCUGAUUCCUCUUGAUGCUCAGUGAUGUUGACACAUGUAUGCCUCAUAUCCUCUCCUACACACACACAGUUUUGUUUUCAUGGCACUUCCUUCCCAAAUAAGGACAAGGGUCUUCCACUCUACUAUAGCCCGCUACCUAGCAUAUGUCUAGCUCUGUAAGAUAGGAAUCACCGGGGCUAGGGAUUUAGCUCAGUAGUUUCACCGCCUGCUUCGUGAAUGCAAGGACCAGAGUUCGAUCCCUGGUACAAAAAAAAAAAAAAAGUAUGAAGGGGCCAGGGAUUUAGCUCAGUGGUUCCACCGCCUGCCUCGCAAGCUAAGGACUCGAGUUCGAUCUCCGGUACCAAAAAAAAAAAAAGAUAGGAAUCACCAAAUGUUUUCUGUAAAGGGCCCAAGAGUAAAUAUUUUAAAUUUGACAGUUCCAUACCAUCUCUUAUAUAGUCUUGGUUUGGUUUUGACAACUUAUUCAUAAGGUAAAAAUUGCUGGUUCAAAAGCUCUUAUACAGGUGACCCCUGGUCUAAGAUAAGAGAUAAGACAUCAGGUGGUGAGGCUGAGGGCUGGGGCUUGGUACCAGCUGCCCCAGUCACAAGAAAACUCACCUGAUCCGUACCCUGUGAGUGAGCUGGCCUGGGAGCCCUCCCAUAGCCCAAGAGGCUGCUCCGGGAGGUAACUCAGCUUAGCUCAGCAGUUUUCCCCGUGCUUCCUGAGAUCAAUAAAGUUGAAUGUUCUGUAUUUUAA